AUGUCGAAUCUAGGAAAACGCAGCGCGUCGUCCGGUUUUGUCGAUUUGACAAACUCGGAUUCAGAGGAUGAGGUACCUCGCGCUCAGCCCAAGCAACCCAGACUCAAUUCUACACCCGGCCUGUCAACAGCUGGUUCUGGUUCUUUAAGACCUUCACAGGUUGCUGGAAACUCAAUUUCGAGUCAAGCUUUGAAUGUCCGUGAUCAGUGGGGUGAGGGUGAUGAAGAUGAGAUUAUUGAUUUGAGUCAAGAUGUCGAAGAGGGCUUUGGUUGGGUUUUGGUUGGAGCUCUUGAUGGGAAGAUUGUGGGCGUUAGAUUUUAUGACGGAUAUGCGACGGCUGGUGAACAGGUCAUGGUUAGGAGAGAACCGAAAAAUCCAUAUGAUUCGAAUGCGAUUCGUAUCAACAAUGUGAGAGGUACACAGAUUGGACACUUGCCGAGGGAGCUGGCUUCUAAGUUGGCAGGGUUUUUGGACGCGAGAACAAUUGUUAUGGAGGGAGUUCUUACUGGAGAAAAGAGAGCAUAUGAUUGCCCUGUUUUGCUUAAGAUUUAUGGACCAGCGGAUCCGGUCGUGAGAGCUAACUUGGAGAAGCAGUUGGCCGCCAAGAGAUUACCAUUGAAGAGACGAGAAGUGGCGCCACCAAAGCCGCCGAAGGCUCUAGUUCUACCCUCGCAGAGAAAGCAAAUGGGUUUCACAUCUUCUCAAGCUGGUAGCUCUAGUCAAGUAGAGCCAACACCUCAACCAGUAAUCGAUCUUGCACAUUUUGUUGCGAACAGCGAGAGAUUCAAUCCGAGAGAAGUGGAUAAGAUGGCUGAAGAGUUGGGUUUACCUGAAGAUGCACUCUCAAAGAUGCCCAUGGCAGAACAACCAAAAGAUCUCAAGGCUACAUUACUUCCGUAUCAGCGUCAAGGCUUAGCGUGGAUGCUUGAGAAAGAGAGCCUAGUUUUACCAGAUGCGAAAUCAGACAAGGUUGUGCAACUUUGGAAAGCCUCGAAAGAACAUAAAGGCACCUACAAAAAUAUCGCCACCAACUAUUGUGACAAAGCUCCGAAGUUGGCCUCGGGCGGUAUACUUGCAGAUGAUAUGGGUCUUGGAAAGACUUUGCAGGUUAUCUCUCUUAUUCUUGAAGGUGGAUCAGGUACGACUUUGAUCGUUGCACCGGUCAGUGUUAUGUCAAAUUGGGCACAGCAAAUGGAAAGACAUAUCAAGAAAGACAAAGCCUUGAAAGUCUUGACUUACCAUGGUAGCCAAGGCAAGGUCAAGGAAAUGACCCCUAGUGACUUUAAAAAGUACGAUGUUGUUAUCACCACUUACGGCACACUUAGCUCAGAGCUGUUUCCUCGCGGUUCAAAGCUUCCCGCGAAAGUUCCGACUACUUCUGGAUUAUUUUCGUUCAAUUGGCGCAGAACCGUCUUAGAUGAAGGUCACAUCAUCCGUAAUCCAAAGACAAAGAGUGCGAUUGCAGCAACAAGUAUCAGUGCCAUUUCAAAAUGGGUACUAACAGGAACUCCGAUUGUCAACACUAUCAAGGACUUUUACUCGAUGCUCAGAUUCUUGGGUAUUGGUGGUGGUCUCAAUGAGCUUGAGGUUUUCAACGCCGUAUUUACUCGUCCAUUAGCCUCAAGAAAUCACGAAGCAGAACUGCUUCUACAAACAACAAUGAGAGCUUUGUGCUUGCGACGCAAGAAGGAUAUGAAGUUUGUCGAUUUGAAAUUGCCAGAAUUGUCAGAGUUCGUCCACAAGGUCAAGUUCAGAAAUGAUGAAUUGAAGAUUUAUAAAGCUUUAGUUCAACAAGCUAAAGGUAUGGCUGAUCAAUUUCAAAAGCAGUCGCAGUCUGUCAAGAAAAACAAAAUUCAAUACACUCACAUACUUGAAAUUCUGCUUCGCAUGCGUCAAGUAUGCAACCACUGGAAGCUUUGCGAGAACAGAGUCAACACCCUCAUGGAAAUUAUUGAAAAUGAUGACGUAGUUGUACUCAACGCCGAGACUCGUCUCGCCCUACAAAUGCUUCUUCAGCUCAAUAUUGACAACCACGAAGAAUGUUCCAUCUGUCUCGAAGAACUCCACAACCCGGUCAUCACAACCUGCAAACACGUUUUUGGACAGGAAUGUAUCGAGCGCACUAUCGAACUCCAACACAAAUGUCCAAUGUGCCGUGCACAUCUCGAGAACAAGGAAGUUCUCGUUCACCCUGCCGUCGAAACAGCCGAAGACGAGGAAAUCAAUACAGAUGAGCAAUCUUCCAAAACCGAAGCUCUGAUGCAAAUCAUCAAAGUCACACACAGUGACCCACUUUCCAAAGUCGUCAUCUUCUCGCAAUGGACUUCAUUCCUCAACAUCAUCCAAAAACAACUCGAGCAAGCUGGAAUCAAAUUUGCUCGUAUCGAUGGUUCAAUGACGGCUCCACAACGUGACAAUGGCAUGCAGUCCCUCGAAAGCGAUCCCGAAUGUCGAAUCCUCCUCGCUAGUUUGGCCGUUUGCUCCGUAGGUCUCAAUUUAGUAGCAGCAGAUACAGUCAUCCUAGCCGAUUCCUGGUGGGCCCCGGCAAUCGAAGAUCAGGCGGUAGAUCGUGUGCAUCGAUUAGGACAGAAGCGUGAAUGUAGGGUUUGGAGAUUGGUAAUGGAGGACAGCAUUGAGGAGAGAGUUUUGGAGAUUCAGGCGGAGAAGCGAAAAUUGGUCGGUAGGGCAUUUCAGGAGCAGGCGGGCAAGGGUAGAGGAAAGGGGAAGGAGACGAGGAUGGGAGAUGUUCUGAGAUUGUUGCGUUGA